AUGGCAGCUUGUGUAUUUUAUGCAGAUGAAGGUGCUGCAGACUGGACCUCUUGGUUUAAUGUAGACCACCCAGGAGGUGAUGGAGAUUAUGAAUUCAUAGAGGCCAUCCGCUUCUAUUACCCACAUGGCUUGUGCCCCAGACCUGUUGCCAUUGAAGCUAGAACAACAGAAUGGGCUACCCCAAAGGAGACAAAGGAAGUUGUGCACUCUGAUCUAGAUAAAGGUUUCUGGUGCAUCAACAAAGAGCAACAGAAAGGUUACAACUGCUCUAACUACCUUAUUCGGUUUCAGUGCCCACGUGAUCUGCUGUACUGGUCACACUGGACUCCAUGGAGUACCUGCUCUUCAUCAAGCUGUGGAGAAAUGGGAAUCCAGAUAAGACGACGCUCUUGCAUCACGAUGCAGCCUGCAGUUACACUGAUCCUGGAAAAAUGCUUGGGUGAAGCUACAGAGCGAAGAAUCUGUGUGUCUUCCUCGUGUGGGAGAUGGUCUUCUUGGAGUGUUUGGACACCCUGUACAAAGACUUGUGGAGGAGGAAAAAGUGUGAGGCGCCGUAUCUGUUCCAGUAAGACAGCUUCUUGUUCAGGGCGUUCCUUUCAAAUUCAGAUGUGUGGGAAAACUCCUUGUAAAGAGAACUCUGAAUUGUUGUGCACUGGGUGUCGUUGCAGCAACUAUACUUUGUUGGGUAAAAUACAGAGCAUGCACGGCUUUGUCCUUUACAAUGCCAAGGUAUUUAUGAAUAAGAAGAUCCUAGGAGCAACAGACCAACAUGGCUUGUUUACUUUAAAAGGAGUAUGUAUGGAUUCUCCCUCAAACAUCACUGUAAAGAUGGAUGGAUUCUCCUCAGUAACUUUGCAAAGCAUGAGGAAAGAACCUAAUGUUUCCUAUUUUGAAGCUUCUUUGAAGAAAUUAGAAAAACCAUACAUGGUACAAAAUCCCUACUCAAAAAUCAGAAGAAUAGGGCACAAAGUGACCCUGUGCUGUGAAGCAACUGGAAAUCCAAUUCCCACUAAAUACUACUGGUAUGUUAAUGGAACAUUAAUAGACAAACAGAAAUUCAAGUAUGACAAGAGUUUAAUUCUAAGAAACAUUCAAGCCGCACACGCUGGAACAUAUCAGUGCAAAGCCAGCAAUGGAGUGGGGGUUAUCAGGUCCUCUGUAGCCCAUCUGGAGGUUAUAGGUAAAAAUGAAUCCCUCUGUAACAAGUCCCCAGAUGAGCAUUUGAUCAAGUUACCAACUGAUUGUUUUCAAAAUAAAACUGACUCUUAUUACUACAAUGUAGGCAAGUGUCCUAACUUGCCAUGUGUGGACCACCUAAGCUCAGAUCUCCAGUGUAAAGAUAAAAUUAACUACUGCUGUGGGGUCAAACAGAUGAAACUGCAAGAAUUGAAGUGUCCUAGAUACACUCUCCCAGUUAUGGUUGUUGUAGAAUGUGGUUGUGCUGAGUGCACCCGACAUAAGGUUAUGGUUCGUGGACGAGUGACUGCAUAUGACACCGGGGAGCCACUUCGGUUUGGUCAAAUCUUUGUGAGUGGAGAAAACAUGGGAUUUACUGGCUUUAAAGGGGAUUUCACCCUGGAAGUUCCAGAGGGAACUAAAAGAUUGGUGGUUACAUUUGUGGAUCGUCAGGAAAAAUUUGUUGAGACUAUAAAAGUAAUUCCAUUUGAUCCAAAAGGAAAUACUGUCUAUCAGGAUGUGAAAGUAAUGAGAAAAAAAGACCCAAUUGAUCUAAAUCCUACAGUGAGCAAUACAAUUUCUCUUGGAGAAUUCCUUGGCGAGGACCCUAUUGGAGAGAUUAUAAUACCACCAAAUUCCUUCAGCAGGACUUCUGGAGAAUCCUACAGCAGUACCGUUAAGGCCAGUUUAACCUUCUUGGACCCUAGAAACAUCAGCACUGCCUCUGCUGCUUCAAGUGAUUUAAAUUUUGUGAGUAGAGAUGGAAAUAUUUCUCCCCUCAGGACCUAUGGAAUGUUUCAUUUGGACUUCAGGGAGGACAGUACUAAUUCCUUGCUUCAGACUGGUAAAGUGGAGGUGAGAUUGAAUGCAGAACAAAUUAAGAUGCCUCAACAUGUCAAAGAAAUGAAACUCUGGUCAUUAAACCCACAGACAGGUCUUUGGGAAGAAGAAAGUCAUUUUAAGUUGUCAGGUGGAGACAAAAGGAGAAGAAGGGAAGAGAGGUCUUUUUUAAUUGGACAAUUAGAAAUACGGGAGAGAAGGCUUUUUAAUUUGGAUGUACCAGAGUUUAGGAGAUGUUUUGUAAAGGUGCGGGCAUUCAUGAAUGAGAAAUUUAUGCCUAAUGAACAGUUAGAAGGAAUAGUAGUGACACUAAUAAAUCUAGAACCUAUGCCAGGAUUUUCAUCAAACCCUAGAGCAUGGGGUAGGUUUGACAGUGUGGUAACAGGGAAAAAUGGAGCUUGUCUCCCUGCAUUCUGUGAUGCUGUGCAACCAGAUGCUUAUUCUGCCUAUGUCAGUGCUACAAUGGGUGGUGAAGAACUUGAAGCCGCUCCAUCUUCUCCUAAACUUAAUCCCAAUGUAAUUGGAGUGACUCAGCCCUAUUUAUCUAAACUGAAUUAUCAACGAACUGAUCAUGAAGAUUUUGCUGGUAAAAAGACAGCUUUUAAAAUUAACCUGGCCAAGCCAAACCCAAACAAUUUUGCAGAAACCCAUGGCCCCAUAUAUGCUUACAGAAACUUACGAGGUUGUGAGGAGGCUUCUAUGUCGGACAACUACUUUCGAUUUUUUAGAGUAGAAGAGGAUAAAUAUGAGUAUAAUGUUGUACCAUUUGAUGAGACAGACUUGACCUCAUGGAUUGGUAGCUACCUAUCCUGGUGGCCAAACCCACAAGAGUUUCGUGCUUGUUACAUAAAGAUUGGAAUACAGGGACCACAAGAAUACAUGAUUAGAACACGAAAUAUUGGAGGGACUCACACCCACACAGUAGGUCAGCUAUAUGGAUUUAGAGACACCCGGAGUGUAAGGGACCUGGAAGUGAAAGGCAGUUCAGCAGCCUGUCUAGAAUUCAAGUGUAGUGGAAUGCUGUUUGACCAAAAUUUAGUAGACCGAACUUUGGUCAUUGUAACACCCCAAGGAAGCUGUCGUGUUACAAAGGUCAACAGACUUAUAGAAGAAUAUCUCAGACGCCAUCCACCACUUGCACCAGGAAACAAUACUGACACAUUUAAUAUGUUGGCUCCAGUUGACCCACUAGGGCACAACUAUGGAAUUUACACAGUUACUGACCAAAACCCAAGGCUUGCAAAAGAAAUUGCCAUUGGCAGAUGUUUUGAUGGUACCUCUGAUGGUUUCUCUAGGGAGAUGAAAUCCCAAGUAGGUAUUGCUGUCACUUUUAGUUGCCAAGAGAAAGCAAUCACACGCGAAAGCUUCUUUCAGCGCUUGCUAAACAAUCCAAGUGAAACACUGCGUGAGGUCCGCCGCAGCAUGCAGGAAAAUGAACAAAGAGGGACACCUGCACGUGUUGUCCCUUAUCCUGCUCUUCAAUCUCCAGUUUCUAGCCAAUCCAAGAAGAAUUCUGCCAGUCAGAGAAGAAGACAAUGA